AUGGCAAAAUAUCGUCGAGAAGUAAUGUCGCAGCGAUUAGUUGUGAACUAUGUUGAAGACCUCAAACCACCCAUUGAAUACGCCAAAAAAAUCACCAAAAAUGACGUCACAUUCAUCGAUGGCUACUUCACAAGUCCACACGCUUUGCUGUUUCCUGAAUCCAUGCCUGGACCUGUGGGAAGAGCGCAUUUUAGAGCGUUUUUACCGGAAAAGAAGAUGGGACCGAUUUGUAUUCAUUUGGCUGGUACGGGAGAUCAUAGCUAUUUUAGGUGAGUUACGAAACUUAUUCUUGAUUCCAUUUUUGGAGCCCCGGAGCUCAAAUAUGUCUUAAACGAUGUAAAAUUUGAAUACUCUAUGGAGCCAUCAUAUAGUGUAUCUGAAAAUCUGAAAGUUCUACCUGUAAAGCCAAAUUUUGUUCAUAACAGUUCUAAACGAUAUCAAAAUAUCAAAAUCAUUUAUGAAAUUCCUAAAAAUCGUAAAAUAAAUCAAUCAAUAGGCAUUCCACGUGUCGUAGAUGCUAAAACUCCAACUCUUGAUUUCCUCCGAAACACUUCUCUCAAUCUUUGAAAAUUAGCAAUAGUAUAAGUGAACGGCAUAAUAAAAAUGAUGUCAGAUUUAUAAUAACAAAUCAAUGCUCCUUUGAUUUCACGAUAUUUAUCUGGUAUAAAAAAUAUAAUAAUUGUUCGAACUAUUGAAAAUACGAAACAUGGCACAUUUUGCCGGAUAAUAACCAUUUCGGCAUUCCUUUUUGUUUCGGAAAAAAUCAUUGCGUUUUUUCGGAUAAAAUAGAUGAUAAUAAUAUGAAAAAAUAAUGAGAUGAAUGGAAUUGAAAAAUCAAAAUAUGCGAAUAUUUUAAGAGAAAUAUGAGGUUUUCUACCUUCUUCGCACACUGAAAAUCCUUCAAAAAUCAACAAAUGACGACAAUUAUUGACGUUUCCUAUAAAUGUGCACGUUGUGACAUAGAUAAAGUUUUUUGUAGUUGUAACAAAAUACACUAGAAAGAUCAGAAAUUGAAGGGGUUUGCCCUCAACCAAGUUUUGUAGUUUGGAAAUAUUGAGCAUAACUAUGCUUUGCCUUUGAAGUGCAAUUAGAAAUAUGAAUAACAUGCCGAUGUCUUCGACGAUUGGUUUUAGUAAAGCAAUUACGAAUGAGCUGAAAAUGAACUGAUGAUUUUGUCUGAAUUUGAAAUAACGGCUCUAUCGCAAUAUAUGGGUCCCAUGGAAAUAUAUGGGUCCGUAAAAACAUAUAAGGGUCCCUCAGAAAUUUAAAGGUCCGUUUUUUUUGAGGGUCCAUUAAAAAAAAAGUAUUUUUUCUAAUUUCAAUUAUUCAUUUUUGGUGAUUUUUUGUAAUUUUUUCACAUUUUUUUAGCCAGUCAGUAUUUUUCUAGGGGGUUUACUAAGCCUAAGCCUAAAAAAAUAAUAGAGAAAUUUUUUUCGGCUUUUCAGCUUCAUAAUUAGGCUUAGGCUUAGUAAACGCCCCGAAAAUACAAAGAAUCGUCAAAAAAUCAAGAAAAAUACAACAAAACAAUUGAAAAUUAAAAAAAAAACAUAUUUUUUCCUCCAAAAAUCAAAAAAAAAUCAGACCUAUGAAAAAAAAUCACGGAGCCUUAAAAAAAUUCACGGACCCUUAUAUUUCUGAGGGACCCUUAUAUGUUUUUACGGACCCCUGUAUUUUUUACGGACCCAUAUAUUUCCAUGGGACCCAUAUAUUGCGAUAGAGCCGAAAUAACUGACAUUCCCACACCAACUGCAAAAAAGUAUGUGAAGCUAUGAGAUUCGAGAUACAAUUUCAAUGUUAGCAUUACAAGACUGAAAGAUACAAAAUCAAAAAUAACCGAAUAGAAACAAUGUUUUUGUAAUGGAUAAAUGAUAGUUUCUUUUUCGUCGCCUGGUGAAGUGUAGAAAAGUAUUGAAUAAGGAAUAAUGAAUAAAAUACUUAUUAUCUUUGGAUAAGUUACAAGGUUAUCUAUUAGGUCUGGAUCAAUUGUUGAAUUCAUUGAGGAACUAGGAUGUAGAAUGAGUUAGGUUAUGUCAAGGUAUAAUCACGAGUUGUAGAGAGUUGCUAUUUAAUUAUAGGCUAUGCAUUUUGGUUUUUUGGAAAAGCCCUUAAUUUUAAUGAUAUUAGAUCUUCUGAACUAUGGUUUAAUAUCAAAAUCACCUGUAAGAUUGUUCUAAAACCUUGUAAUUCUAUAGAAACAUACGAAAAUUUGGUUUUUCACUAUGUACUCUUUUUAUAAUUGAGCCCCGAAGUUGAUCUUGCUUCUAAUCGAUAUAAAAACAUCAAAGCUAUCGUUCCACACCAAUAUCUAUCUGAAAAUCUGAAAUUCCAGUCUGGAAAAUCUGAAAUUCUAUAGAAACGUACGAAAAUUGGGUUUUUCACUAUGUACUCUUGGUAUAGUUGAGCCCCGAAGUUGGUCUUGCUUCUAAUCGAUGUAAAAACCUCAAAGCUAUCGUUUGAUACCCUAAUCUUGACUAUAAAAUCUGAAAUACCAGCUCUGAAAAAUCUGAAAUUCUAUAGAAACGUACGAAAAUUAGGUUUUUCACUAUGUACUCUUGAUAUAGUUGAGCCCCGAAGUUGAUCUUGGUCUUAAACGAUGUAAAAAACUUGAAGGCUAUCGUUUCACACUAAUAUCUAGCUGAAAAUCUGAAAUUCCAGAUCUGGAAAAUCUGAAAUUGUUUCAGACGCGAAUGGCUUCUGGUUGAGGAUAUGUUGAAAGAUGGAAUCGGCUCGAUAAUCAUACAAAAUCCAUUUUACGGUGAUCGAAAACCACCACAGCAGUUCAGGUGAGCCUGAAAUUAGAUGUUCAGCCUGAAAAUCUUAAAAAAAAUUCCAGAUCCUCCCUUGAGAACGUCUCCGAUCUCUUCGUGAUGGGCGCCGCCAUCAUCGCCGAAACCAACUAUCUGUUCUCGUGGGCCGCCGGCCUCGGCUACGGCCCAUUCGCAAUAUCCGGAGUAUCAAUGGGCGGUUUUAUGGCCCAAUUAUCGGGCUCGAAUGCACAUCGGCCUACUGUAAUUGUGCCGAUUCUGUCGUGGACCACUUCGUCGCCGAGUUAUACUGAUGGAGCUAUUGCGCCGGCUAUUCAGUGGCAGAAUUUACAGGUGGGUGGCCUGAAAAGCCUGAAAGUAGGCCUAAAGAGAGUAGGCCCUUUAGAGUUAAUAUAAGGAUCCAUAGGGUUACCUUAAGCUCUUGUUUUAGACCUCUUUUAGGCCCGUUUCUAGGCCUAGUUCCCAGAUUUCAGGCUCAACUGGAAGAUCAGCAUUAUUUGGACAAAAUCAAGCAAAUUCCCGAUGUUGAUUGGUUGGAUAGAAUGGUAAGGGUGUUUUUCGGGCCCAUAAAUGGAUUUAGGCCUGAAAUUUGACCAAAAAACCGAUUUUCAGCACGAAAUGACAAGUGAAAAUGGCGAUUUGCCAGCUCGAAACAUGAUGCGAAUAUUGAUGGACUAUUUUGUGAGCCUUGAAAAUUACCCCGUACCAAUUGCUCCAAAUUUGGCUCAUAUUUUUUUGGCCGACCAAGAUAUGUAUGUGUUGAGAAAUGGUGGCACCAAAAGUUAUCAGGUUUGUACUUAGCUCUUUUUCCCCCCGUCAUAAUUUCAAAAAUUCAAAUUUUUCCCCAGGAAGUUUGGCCUGGUUGUCAUGUGGAAAUGAUGGAAAACGUGGGACACGUCACCGCAUAUUUGACCAAACAUCAAGUUUGGCGCCGGAAAAUUGGACAACUUUUGAGGGAACUGUAG